CUCGAAAAUAAAUUGUUUAUUGGAUUUAAAACGCACAAAAGUUCUUAUCAAAAUCAAAGGAGGAAAUUAAGAUAGGAAGUUAAGAAAAAUUCUCGUUAAACCAACUACUAUUGUCUCAUUUUUUUAUAAGUAAAAAUGUCUCUAUUAUCAUUUGUGUUAGAAAAUACUCCUGAAAAUUGGAAUUACAUAUCAUAUUAUUCAAAUAAUUAUGAAUUAUUUGAAAUCGAUGAAUAUACUACUGAAUAUAAGAAUAUAAAACAAUAUUUCAAUGAUACAAUAAUCAAAAAUCUGUAUCGUGUUCAGAACCCAUAUCAAUAUGGACGAUUUUUAAUAAGAAAAGAAAUGACAGGAAUAUAUGCAGAAGAAAUAGUUUUACAUGGAAUAAUAGAUGAAGACGAUCUCAAAAUUGCGUUGAAAUAUACAUGUGAUUACAGGCGUUAUAAGUCAACUAAGGGUGUUGACAAUAAUAAACAUCCUUGUUUUUAUUAUUCGUUUGCGGAUUUAAAAGACUCCAUAAGGAAAUAUAAUACGAUAGAAAAUUAUUUAUAUGUUCUUGUAUUGACAAAAUUAAUCAACCCAUUAAAAACUCAAUGUGAUUAUUACAUUAAGUACUAUGCUAAAAUUCAAAUAUAAACUUAUAAUUAUUUUUA